AUGGUCAAGCAAAUCGCUGGUUCCAAGGUCCUUCUUCUGGGCUCUGGCUUUGUCACCAAGCCUACCGUCGAGGUUCUUGACAAGGCCGGUGUUCAGGUUAUCGUCGCCUGCCGUACCCUCGAGAGCGCCCAGAAGCUGUCCGAGGGCUUCAAGAACGCCAAGGCUAUCUCCCUCGACGUCAGCGAUGAUGCCGCUCUGGACAAGGCCAUGGAGGGAGUCGACCUUGCUAUCUCCCUCAUUCCCUACACUUUCCACGCCACCGUCAUCAAGUCGGCCAUCCGCACCAAGAAGGAUGUCGUCACCACCUCCUACGUGUCUCCCGCCAUGAUGGAGCUCGACGAGGAGUGCAAGAAGGCCGGCAUCACCGUCAUGAACGAGAUCGGCUUGGACCCCGGCAUUGACCACCUCUACGCCGUCAAGACCAUCUCCGAGGUCCACAACGAGGGUGGUAAGAUCACCGGCUUCAUCUCUUUCUGCGGUGGUCUCCCCGCCCCCGAGUGCUCCAACAACCCUCUGGGCUACAAGUUCUCGUGGUCCAGCCGCGGUGUCCUGCUGGCGCUCCGCAACGCCGCCAAGAUCUACCAGGACGGAAAGAUCGUCAGCAUUGACGGCCCCGACCUGAUGGCCACUGCCAAGCCCUACUUUAUCUACCCCGGCUUCGCCUUCGUUGGCUACCCCAACCGUGACUCGACUCCCUUCCGCGAGCGCUACAACAUCCCCGAGGCCCAGACCCUCGUCCGCGGUACCCUGCGCUUCCAGGGUUUCCCGGAGAUGAUCAAGGUCCUGGUUGACAUCGGCUUCCUGAACGACGAGUCUAACGCCGUCUUCGACAAGGCCACUUCCUGGAAGGAGGCCACCCGCCAGGUCCUUGGCGCCGCCUCGUCCUCCGAGAAGGACCUCAUCGCCGCCGUGCAGUCCAAGACCUCGUUCCCCAACAACGACGAGCGCGACCGCCUCCUCGCCGGUCUCCGCUGGAUCGGCCUGUUCUCCGAUGAGCAGACCACUCCCCGCGGCAACGCCCUCGAUACCCUGUGCGCCACCCUCGAGAAGAAGAUGCAGUACGAGGAGGGCGAGCGUGACAUGGUCAUGCUCCAGCACAAGUUCGACAUCGAGCACAAGGACGGCUCCAAGGAGGUCCGCACCUCUACGCUGUGCGAGUACGGUAACCCCACUGGCUACUCUGCCAUGGCUAAGCUGGUCGGUGUUCCCUGCGGUGUCGCUGUGAAGCAGGUCCUUGAUGGUACCAUUUCGAAGAAGGGUGUCUUGGCUCCCAUGACUAUGGAUAUCUGUGCUCCUCUUCUCAAGACUCUGAAGGAAGACUACGGUAUUGAGAUGAUCGAGCGUACUCUGUAA